GCUCAAUUAGUUCGUGUUUCGGACUUGGUUGUUGGGGUAAUAAAUCUCUUCGUUGGUUCAACUUGGAAUUAGUUUCUUUGGUUAUGGUUAUGGUUUUGGUUCCUCACCCUCAGUGAAUGUGAAACAAUUUUCGCUCGGUGGUUCAUCUUCGGUUGAACUUGAAAUCCCUCGGUGUCAAAAUUCUUGUCGUAUUCGUGCAGUCCCGUUCGCACCCACGUUUUUUUGAAUUUCAAGUUCACGCAUGUUGAAAUACAUCAGUAGAAGUCAAUUGCAAGUGUCGCCCAAAGGCGAACAACCUGUUUUGCCUCUGCCACGAGCUCCUCCUUGUCCGAAGAUCGCGCUGCAAAAUUUCCGCUUAUGCUGCAAUAUUGUCCCUGCGCGACAAUGUGGGGCGGAUUUUACGACGUGUUUUCCCCGGCGGACAAGUGCGCCGCGGCCCCGCCCGGCAGCGGUGUGGUCGGUCAGCCCGGUGCAGCGAGUUCGUCAGUCGGAAAAAGCAGUCUUCAGCAUGACGAGGAGAAUCCGACUGUGGAGCUUAUAUCAAGUGCAAAAAUGGCUGAGUCUGGAAGAUUGCAACUUGUCAUGCUGUUUUUGGACUCUAAAAGAAUUUGUAUUGCAUGACCAGCAAGAGGGCUACAGUGAGUUCUUGCUACACGGACGGGCCAUUUCUCAUGCUAAAGGUGCAUCGGGAAGACCUCUAAAAGUCUGCGAUGCUAGGUCAAGUAUUACAGGCAUCAUGGGUCAUGAGAAAUAUGCAUGACAUUCUUUUUCUUCCAGAUCCAGACACUUUUACACUUGAUAGCUUACCGUCUCGAGCCACCCCAGCUGCUCCUCACGGGCUCGCAAUCCGCAGCUCGCUUAUCCUGUGCAAAAGUAUCGUACUCGUAUUGCAGUCAUGCAUUACAAAUCUUUAUCUUAAGGUUAAGGUAAAUCCGCAUUACAGAUUUUCUCUCUCAUGCUGAGGAAAUUUGUAAUGCAUUUAUACGAGUGCGAUACUUUUGCAGUUCAUAUCGCUCAACUGGACGCGAAGUUGAUCGGUCGGGUGGGGAAGCAACUGCAUUUAUCGGCGGACGGCGUGGUCAGCGGCAGCACCAGAGGCACGGUCUACGGCAAAUACAGAAUUGAGCAAGACAAGCUGUACUACGAAGUUGAAAUCUUACGAGCAGAGAAGAAAAACCACAGCACGCCUUCCAAGAAGGCAAGACUCUUCCUGGGUCUGACCAACACAGUGGCGCCGAGAGGUACGCCGGAAGAGACAGCCGACGACGAUCUACCUGCGGUACUUAUGAUUGCCUUGGUUCUGGAAGGGGGCCUAGGGCUAGGCCUCCACAAGUUGUUUAGAGACAUACAUGCUUGAAUCCUGAUUUUCUUUUUUGACGUCGACAACGUAAUAAAGAAACAUAACCGUCUGCACUUUCAUUUUCACCUGAAAAAGAAAUCGGAUCAGCAAAACAAACAAUCCGAGUUCUAACUCCAAGUAUUAAUCCUUCGAAAUUAUCAAAAGCGAGGACACGGCUGCGAAGUCGAAGUGGAGGGAGGUGACAUUUUCAGCUGCACCUACGACCAAGCCAACUAUCCUACAUUCAACAUCUACCAGAAUGCAAGUCUUGUGGAGAGUGUCACAGGUACUACAAUCAAGAAUGCACACUUGAAAGUGCAACUAGUAUAAUUUAGAAAAUCUUCUAACAUUUUCUCAAAAUCAAAAUGAUUUUCAUUUUAGAGCCGCACCUUUUUCACUUCUUGUCCUUCCGACGUUGGUAGUUAGAAGUGCGACUUCUUCGUAAUGCUGUACUGGAAAUAAAAAGGUUGACAAACCAAAAUCUCAACUACGCCAAUUUGUCUCAACGUUUAGACAAAACGUCCCAACGUUGACCCCGACGCCUCAACUUCGGCACCGUUUAGGUUUGGGGUUAGGGUCUAGGGUUUGGGGUUCUGGUCGUCGGCCAGGGCAGCCGCCGCCGGCCGGCGGCGGCUGCCCUGGCCGACGACUCUCUCCUUUCCUUGUGUUGUGUUUCACGCCCACGCCCCUGCCCGUGUGUGUUGCCGCGCCCUUGCGCCCCUUGUGUCUCAUCGAGUGCGUCUCGCGUCAAUGGUGGCGGGCGUGCCUUUCCGCCACUGCCGGCGAGCGUUGUUUGAGGCCGCCGGGCAAUCGUUGAGACGAUUGCUCGUCGGCGUCAUGAACGUUGAGACAAGAACGUUGAGAUUUUGGUCUGUUAACCAAAUAAAAAGAUGAACACGCACAAAUUACAUAAAACUAAAAACAAAAUCUGACGUUUCUCCUGCUCGCGCUCCGUCUUCAGGUAUGAAAGGCCAACUGAUACCCUAUGUGUCUUUCUUGGACCACCUUCAUGGACAGUUGUCGCCUCAUGAGGAAGAUGGUGGAGAGCGGGGUGACCAAGAAGAUCUGUCUACCACCGCAUCCACAGUGUCCGUCCCCUCUGUGACGGGAACUACUGCAGCCGCCAGAGGCAAAGCAAGCGGAAGUUCGGUCGGUGCCGGAGGGAGCGCCGAAAUUCACAUCCUCUGGCGAUUUCACGACGUGCGCAACAAAGAGGCAAUGCCUGAUUUUGCAAAUUUUGAUAAAUUCAUGACCGCCCGCAGUGUGAUAUAGUAGGACAAGCUGGUCAGGGAGCAGGACGAACAACAUUUAUUUUCUGCAAAGUCGACGAGUGCGAAAGCCGCUGUAGCAGUAGCACAUCAUACGCAUAUCAUGGAAAAGUCAUCACUUAGCGAUACUAGGUAGAUCAAGUGGCAGUGAGCGCUGUCCCGAUCGGUCGUGCCAUUAUGUGUGCGACUUGCGCCGGUUCAUACGCAUCACGCAUCCGCGUGGUCAUUGCACGCUCUCACCGGACGGCAGCUGCUAGUAAGUAGC